AUACUCAACAACCGCAAGAGGGAGCUUCAUGUAAUCGCUAACAGAAUUUUAUCUGUUUAUUAUCUGUUUUGCUGUGAACCUAGCUUUUGUCCCCACAGACCCUAUUUAUAUUUAUUUGGACAAUGUCGUCUGCCAACCUCCGACAGCAGAAGUUAGAACAGCAGCGUCAAAUCAUGGAGCAAAAGAUGCGUCUGAAGCGUCAGACACCAGGUAUGGUACAGGCCUCAGAUGUACGUACCUCAUCUGCCAAAUCCAGAAGUAUGCAUAGAGAGUUACAUGGUUACGAUGGGCCCUUACAAUUUACUAUGUCUCCUGGAAAUCCUGAUGGUGUGAUGGAUCUGAGACCAGUUUCCAACAUUGAUAGUGAUGAUGAUGUUGGAGGUGUGUGUGAGGUUCAGCAAGUGGACCCUGAAGAGCUUGAAGAUGAAGAGUCUACACCUGUGGCUCCUCCAACUCCUGAUGCCCACUUAGAGAGUACAGUUGUACCAUAUUCAGACACACCAAAUAUCAUCAACAAUCCCAAUAAUCCGGAAGUUGAGGGUGAUGUUGUUGGAAGUCUGGAAACUUUCGUCCUUGAACCUGCCUGCCAACGUAUGCAUUACAAGUGUCGCAUUACUCGUGACCGCAAAGGAAUGGACCGUGGUCUUUAUCCAACAUAUUUUCUUCACUUAGAACGUGAUUAUGGAAAAAAGGUCUUUCUCUUGGCUGGACGUAAGAGGAAGAAGAGCACUACCAGUAAUUACCUCAUCUCAACUGACCCUACUGAUCUAUCUCGUGGCGGAGAGGCAUUUGUUGGGAAGCUAAGAUCAAAUUUGUUGGGCACCCAUUUCACUGUUUAUGACAAUGGUAGGGCACCAGGUAGCAGAUCUGAUUCUAAGGAGGAACGUACAACUCCAAGGCAGGAACUUGCAGCAGUAAUUUAUGAAACCAAUGUAUUAGGUUUUAAAGGACCGCGAAAAAUGACAGUGAUUUUACCAGGUAUGACACAAGACCAACAACGAGUACAAAUAUGUCCUCAAGAUGAAAGUGAGACCUUAUUGGAAUGCUACAAGAACAAAAAUAUGGAUAAUCUAAUUGAGCUCCACAAUAAGACUCCUGUUUGGAAUGAUGACACCCAGUCGUAUGUCCUUAACUUUCAUGGUAGAGUGACCCAAGCAUCUGUGAAAAACUUCCAGAUUGUUCAUGACAGUGAUGUGGAAUAUGUUGUCAUGCAGUUUGGACGUGUUGCUGAAGAUGUUUUUACCAUGGAUUAUCGUUAUCCAAUGUGUGCAUUGCAGGCAUUUGCAAUUGCACUUAGUAGUUUUGAUAGCAAAUUGGCAUGUGAAUGAGUUUCUUGCAUCCGUCCCUAAACCCAUCAAUCAUAUUUUUUCAAUUGUCUUUCUUACUGAAAGACACUUGUUAGUGUUUUCGUAUUAUUUAUUCAAUAAGUGAUGGGUACUGAGUUUUAAACACAAAUCAUUAUUCCACUCGUGUAUUCGUGUGCAUCACCAGGAGCCAUCCUCAAAUCUCUGUACUGUUUUGUAUGUCUGCAUUUGCAUAAGUUGGUUGUACCAUAAAACAAAUCAUAAUGGGCCACAUGUCUACAUUUCUAAAAGUAAAUUUUUAUUAGAAUCAAUCCCCAGUCAUAGGGUUAUUAUUUAUUUUUGAAUCAAGUUUUUGCUUGACUGAAAAAUAUGAGCACUGUUUUUUCUUAUGAGAGAGUUGUGAAAGUUUUUCUCACACUGUUCUCAAGCAAUGAUUUUAGUGGUUUUGUCUUCAACCAUUCUGCAUACGAACCACCUAUUUCUACUAGUUUGGAAUGAACUUAUCUUGUGAUUACAAUUACAAAUACUAAUUUGUACCACGCAUAUUUGGGUGUUGCAUCAAAUGAAAUUUGUUGGUUUUGAAGCCUAUGUUAACUGCAAGUACUAAGCACAAAUGGCAUACCUCUUUCUUACUGUGGUAGAAUUUGUGUUUCACUCUGUACUCUGGGCUUUGCUGAUGUGAAAUUUGUUGUCUUGCUCAUUUUUAUCAUGGUUUGUGUGCUGCCUAAAUACCCUUAAAUUAGAUUAGGCAAAAUCUUUUGCUCAUGUCAUUAUUCUGAUAUGUAUAUCUCAUUAGUCUUGAUUACUGAAGUGUGAGCUCAGAAUGCUGAAUAUCUCUGUACUGUCUCUUGUGAUGUUCCUUGUGCCUUUUGAUUCUGAGAUCUCUUUAUUUUCUACAAUCAUCAACAGUGUUUGAUGAUUAAUCUGGUAUAUGUUUCUGUACAUCUGAAAACUGCCCAUCGAUUUUCUAGUCCAGAGCUAUUAUUUAGCUUCAUUAGCAUAAGAAAAACUUAUAAUUUAUUUUAAGUUACAGUUGAUGUAUUGGCUUUUAUUAUCCUGUGCAGCCAUAUCACUCGUUUCAUGAGUUUCUCAUGACUCAAUGCCAUACUAAAUGAUUUCUUGUGUCUAUUUUAUUUAUUCAUACAUCACAAGUGUGUUUUAGUUGUAGACUGUAAUGUUUUUCAUCUUCCUAGUACUGGAAACAAACUUUGUCACCUGUGCAAUUGAUGGAUGUAUGUGCCUUAGUAUACCAAUGUUAAUGUUCUUUUCAUGGUUAUAUUAAGUGCCACAUGUGGUAUGUCAAAGUCCUAUCGCAGCAACAAAUUUUAGAACAGUCUCAAUUGUAGAUCAAUUACUUCUGUUAAGAAUCAAUUACUCUUUUAUGGGCCUAAUGUAUUAAGGAAGAGACUGGCUUGAGUCUCUGUGGUUGUGUUAUUUUUUUAAUAUAUCUAUCUAUCUAUCUUAGUCAUAUACCUUUCCAAUUGUAGGCUGUCUUUGCAAUCAUUCUCACUUUCAAUGCUAUGAUAAACUUUGUUCAAUUGUAUGGAAAUCUAGAGAGAACUCUGGCAUGCAGUAUUUUUUAUUAGUGUUUAGCUUGGGGGCUUGGAUGAGCGAUUUCUCUUUUUGAUUUUAGGCCGACCGCGCAAACCAGCCUGGGGUGUCUGUCAAAGACCGCUGCCCGGUUUGUGCGGUCGGUUUAAAAUCGGGAAAACGCUCGUCUCUGGUGUUUAGUGCCUUUAUCAUACACUUUUUUCCUUAUGACUUCUGUAUACCAAAGGACUUUGAAUUCUUUUGUUGGAUCGGAGUGUUGACCUCACGUGUUUUAAAAUAAUUUAACUUGUAGACUUAAUGACUUUCUUUCCACCUCUUUGCUAUCAUUCAUCACUUUUAAAUUUAAGAGUACACCAGCAUCUCAUUCUUUCUCCAAAUCUGUGCGCUAGUUUCAAGAAAUGUUACAACCAAUCCGUAAAAGCUUGUAAUUUACAUUUGCUGAUAGAAGUCAAUUUUUUUUUUCUCUUAAACAUGCCUCAAGUUUUCCUUUGAGUAAAAGGUGAUUAGAUCAGUUCAAUCUGAUCUUAUUUCUACAUAAAAUCUUUUCAGAUUGUAUUUCUAUGUUGAUGCAAAAUCAGCCUAAAUGCAGACGAUGUUGCAUACCAAAAGCUUAUCAAUACAUUAAUUGUUUCUUUUCUCGUUUUAAAAAGACUUUGUUCCUUUCAUACUGUUGUCUGUGAUAUUGCCAGUAUUUUCCAUUAGAUUUACUGUAACUCUUUAACCCUCUUAAUUGAAUUGAACAUGAACAUGCAUUUCAAGUGUGAUCCCUCUGACUAAACUGUUCCACGCCAGUACUGAAAAAAAGAGGUUUAACUGAAUCUUUCAGUUUUUUAUUAACUGUUAACAGUAAGUUUUAUAUCCUCUUUAUUCAAAGGCAUUCUUUGUGAGGCAUUUUGAACUUAGUUUUGGAUGUACCCAGCCAGAUGACACGUUGAAAUGCAAUCUUUUCCACAUUGUAGGUCGAAUCAGAGACAAAAAUAUGUCAGUUUGACGAAAUUCGAUGCAGCGUUUUUGGUUGGGUAUGUACGUAUUGCUUUUUAUUGCAAAAGAAAUUUUUCCUAAUCUCUCAGCUUGCUGAGUUCUACCGAGCCAAUGCAGUGGCUCCAGCACCAGCCCCAAAAAACUAAUAACAGCUCAGUAUCUUAAGGUUUGUUAAAAUCUCAUAUCCCAAUCUUAUUUUUGACUUCAGAUUUUUAGAAUUGUUCUCUGAUGGUAAAAAAGAUACUAAAAUGAGUUUUAUUGUUAUGGUUAUGUUAGCAGCCUCACAACUUUUUUUAUCUCCUUGCUGAAUUUUAGUCAUUUCCUCAGUGAAAAUUUUAAUCAAUAUUAUGUGUGUAAUUUUUAUUUUACAAGUUCAGUAUUUCUUUUUUUUUUUUUUUUUUUUUUACACUCCAGAUAUCUGAACUGUACAUAUCGUAACUAAGGACAAGAAUUUAUAUUUUGUAACCGUACUGUUUUAAGGUUGUUUUCUUUGAGGAAUAUCUUAUUGAUAUCUCCUUGUGAAGUAUUUGUGUGAACAGUAUUACCUUCAAGCUUUUGUUACAAUUUGUUUGUCUGUUAAUGGAGAAAUCUCGUUAAUUCAAUAUCCGUACAAAAGUUCUGCUGUUGUAUUUUUGAUGUUUAAUGUUACACUUGCAGAAAGAAUCCUUGUUUUGAUGGCUGUCAUUUCAACACUCUUUGGCUACCAUGAAUAUUUUUGGUGUGAACAUUACAUUGUUAUUAUUAACCAAAGAGAUGAGAAAUGAGCAUGUUUAUAGAGUCGACCCACAUGCAUUAUUUUGCAAUAUGACUAGCGAUCUGUGAAGACUAUGUACUUUUUAAUUUUGGCAGCAUUGGUUAUACUUGAACAAGUCAAAGCUGUCGGUGUAAAACUCUUUUAUUUGCAAUCGUUUUGAGAUGAGUGAUUUUCUUAGAUGUAUCUGGUUGGUUCUGCUGAACACCUGAGUAUGUAUUUGGUUUGUAAGUGUCUUGUAGAAGUGGUUUUCUGUUGUGUAUUUGUGUGAAUAUUGCUUCGCUGAUAGAUUUGGUGAAGAUGAAAUGCAACAGUCAGCUGAGAAUUGUAGUAAUGGACUCUGCACUAAGUCUUUCUUCAACCCACACCAGUGAUUUUUGAUAUGAAUUUGAGUGUUGGCUUCAAAAUACAACUCACCAAAUGUA